CACCCCGAGACCCCUGAAGCCCCCCUGACUCCUCAGCGACCCUCGCCCCCAUCUCUGUCACCAUGUCGCGACCGCUGAGCGACGAGGACCGGCGGCGCCAGAUCAGCGUGCGGGGCCUGGCGGGGCCCGAGAACGUGGGCGAGCUCAAGCGCAACUUCAACCGGCACCUGCACUUCACCCUGGUCAAGGAUCGCAAUGUCGCGACAUCUCGCGACUACUACAUGGCGCUGGCACACACCGUGCGCGACCACCUGGUGGGGCGCUGGCUGCGGACACAGCAGUACUACUACGAGAAAGACCCCAAGCGCAUCUAUUACCUGUCCCUGGAGUUCUACAUGGGGCGCACCUUGACCAACACCAUGGUGAACCUGGGGCUGCAGAGCGGCUGCGACGAGGCGCUCUACCAGCUCGGGCUGGACAUGGAGGAGCUGCAGGAGAUCGAGGAGGACGCGGGGCUGGGCAAUGGCGGCCUGGGGCGCCUGGCAGCCUGUUUCCUGGACUCCAUGGCCACCCUGGGUCUCGCUGCCUACGGUUACGGGAUCCGCUACGAGUUCGGCAUCUUCAACCAGAGGAUCGCGGGCGGCUGGCAGGUGGAGGAGGCCGAUGAUUGGCUGCGCUACGGGAACCCCUGGGAGAAGGCGCGGCCCGAGUACACAAUCCCCGUGCACUUCUACGGGCGCGUGGAGCACGGGCCCGGCGGCGCCAGGUGGCUGGACACGCAGGUGGUGCUGGCCCUGCCCUAUGACACACCUGUGCCCGGCUACCGCAACAACACCGUGAACACCUUGCGCCUGUGGUCAGCGCGGGCCCCCAACGACUUCAACCUCAAGGACUUCAAUGUCGGGGGGUACGUCCAGGCCGUGCUGGAUCGGAACCUGGCUGAGAACAUCUCCCGUGUGCUGUACCCCAACGACAACUUUUUCGAGGGCAAGGAGCUCCGCCUGAAGCAGGAGUACUUCGUGGUGGCCGCCACCCUCCACGACAUCGUGCGCCGCUACAAAUCCGCCAAGUUCGGCAGCCGCGACCCCGUGCGCAAAUCCUUCGAGAGCUUCCCCGACAAGGUGGCGAUCCAGCUGAACGACACCCACCCCUCGCUGGCCAUCCCCGAGCUGAUGCGGAUCCUGCUGGACGAGGAGCACCUGGGCUGGGACCAGGCCUGGGACAUCACGGUGCGCACCUGCGCCUACACGAACCACACGGUGCUGCCCGAGGCGCUGGAGCGCUGGCCCGUGCACCUGCUGGAGGCGCUGCUGCCGCGGCACCUGCAGCUCAUCUACGAGAUCAACCAGCGCUUCCUGGACCGGGUGUACGCGCUGUUCCCCGGGGACCUGGCGCGCCUCCGGCGGGUGUCGCUGGUGGAGGAGGGCGCGGUGAAGCGCGUGAACAUGGCUCACCUGUGCAUCGUGGGCGCGCACGCCGUCAACGGCGUGGCCGAGAUCCACUCGCAGAUCCUCAAGGACAGCGUGUUUAAGGAUUUCUAUGAGCUGGAGCCGCACAAGUUCCAGAACAAAACCAACGGCAUCACCCCGCGGCGCUGGCUGGUGAUGUGCAACCCGGGGCUGGCCGAGGUCAUCGCGCAGCGCAUCGGGGAGGAUUUCGUGUCCGACCUGGACCAGCUGCGGCGGCUCCGCGACUUCGUGGACGACGAGAGCUUCAUCCGGGACGUGGCCACGGUCAAGCAGGAGAACAAGGCGAAGUUCGCGGCGUACCUGGAGAAGGUGUCAGGUGUGCGGGUGAACCCGGCCUCGCUCUUCGACGUGCAGGUGAAGCGGAUCCACGAGUACAAGCGGCAGCUGCUGAACUGCCUGCACGUCAUCACCCUCUACAACCGGAUCAAGAAGGACCCCGGGAAAGCCUUCGUGCCCCGAACCGUCAUGAUUGGGGGCAAGGCCGCCCCCGGGUACCACAUGGCCAAGAUGAUCAUCCGGCUGGUGACGGCCAUCGGGGACGUGGUGAACCAGGACCCGGCCGUGGGGGACCGGCUGCGGGUGCUGUUCCUGGAGAAUUACCGGGUGUCCCUGGCCGAGAAGGUGAUCCCGGCCGCGGACCUGUCGGAGCAGAUCUCCACGGCGGGCACGGAGGCGUCGGGCACGGGCAACAUGAAGUUCAUGCUGAACGGGGCGCUGACCAUCGGCACCAUGGACGGCGCCAACGUGGAGAUGGCGGAGGAGGCGGGCGAGGAGAAUCUCUUCAUCUUCGGCAUGAGGGUGCCCGACGUCGAGGAGCUCGACAGGAAGGGGUACCGGGCCCAGGAGUACUACGAGCGCCUGCCCGAGCUCCGCCAGGCCGUGGACCAGCUCAGCUCCGGCUUCUUCAGCCCCCGCCAGCCCGACCUGUUCCGCGACAUCGUCAACAUGCUGAUGAAUCACGACAGGUUUAAGGUGUUCGCGGAUUACGAGGCGUACGUGAAGUGCCAGGAGAAAGUCAGCGCCCUCUACAAGAACCCCCGGGAGUGGACCCGGACCGUGAUCCGGAACGUGGCGGCGGCCGGAAAGUUCUCGAGCGACCGAACCAUCGCUCAGUACGCGCGGGAGAUCUGGGGCUGCGAGCCCAGCCGGGAGCGCAUCCCCGCGCCCGACGACCCCCGGGAAUAACGGGGACCCCCCCGGGAAUAACGGGGACCCCCGCGGGACCCCCCCGGGAAUAACGGGGACCCCCCCCGGAAACCCCCCCGUACAGGGCACCGCUGAAUCCCGCGCCCAAAAUCCUCGAAAUUCAUCCCAGAACUCCCCGGUAACUCAUCCCCGCCCCUCCAGGACCCCCACGAGUAACGGGGACCCC